CACGGGGUACUGGUAUACGUAGGUAAAGUGUUUUUAUUUUUCCGGCGACAACGCACAGCGAUUGUUGAAUCGUUUUAUGAUAAGACUCAUACUUCUAUUUACGCCUUUUGCUGCUUUUCUUUGGAAGUACGCGGCGUUCAAGUUGUAGCUAAAGGAAGGAGCUUGUGAUACGCCACCUAAACCCGGUUUUGACAGUCGGCCGGCAAAAACAACAGCACAGAGAAGAAACAAUUCAGCACACCAAGCUCGAGACGACACAACCCAUCGAAAACCCGCAACGCGAACGAGGGCCACAGUCUAAGCUGUGUUAAACAAUUGCUGCCAUGGCCGCCCUUGGAGACGAUCUUUUGCGAAUCGUCAACCAGCUGCAGGAUCUGGUCUUCAACACCAUCGGCACAGAUUCUCUCGACUUGCCACAAAUUGUCGUUGUCGGUUCCCAGUCCGCUGGCAAGUCUUCAGUGCUCGAGAACAUCGUCGGUCGAGAUUUCCUACCGCGAGGAAGUGGCAUCGUCACCCGACGGCCACUCAUCCUACAACUGAUCAAUGUCGAGGAGGACGAGUCUGAGCCAGAUCUCAAUGCAGCCUACAGAAACCCAACCCAAGCUAGGCGCUCAGAGUGGGCGGAGUUCCACCAUGUCCCGGGACGGAGGUUCACAGAUUUUGCCGACGUGAAGCGCGAGAUCGAGAAUGAGACAGCCCGAGUCGCUGGUAGCAACAAGGGCAUUAACCGUCAACCUAUCAACCUGAAAAUCUACUCUCCACAUGUGCUCAACCUGACCUUGGUUGAUUUGCCGGGCUUGACAAAGGUCCCUAUUGGCGAUCAACCUGCCGAUAUUGAGAAGCAGACUCGUACCCUAAUCUCUGAGUUCAUCGCCAAGCCGAACAGUAUUAUUCUAGCCGUAUCGCCCGCCAACGUUGACAUUGUCAACUCAGAAGCUCUGAAGCUUGCGAGACAUGUGGAUCCCCUCGGUCGAAGGACGGUCGGCGUUCUGACCAAGGUCGACUUGAUGGAUCAUGGCACGAAUGCCUUAGAUAUUCUCUCAGGCCGUGUCUAUCCUUUGAAGCUGGGCUUUAUUGGCGUUGUGAACCGCUCACAACAAGACAUUCAGGGGAAUAAACCCAUGGAGGAUGCCCUGAAGGCGGAAAUGGACUUCUUUAAACACCACCCAGCUUACCGAAACAUGGCAACGCAAUGCGGCACCAAUUUCCUGGCAAAGACGUUAAACCAGACGCUCAUGAGCCACAUUCGUGAGCGUUUACCGGAUAUCAAAGCCCGUCUCAAUACUUUGAUGGGCCAGACCCAGCAGGAACUCGCUAGCUACGGAGACAAUCACUUCAGUGGCAAGGAGCACCGCGGCUCCAUGAUCCUACAGCUUAUGACACGAUUCGCUUCCUCGUUCAUUUCAUCUAUCGACGGCACUUCCACCGAGAUAUCUACCAAGGAGCUCUCUGGCGGUGCUCGGAUAUACUACAUCUUCAACUCAGUGUUUGGCAGCGCACUGGAAUCCAUCGACCCCACCUCCAAUCUGUCCGCCCUGGACAUCAGAACUGCCAUUCGCAACUCCACUGGUCCCCGUCCGAGCUUGUUCGUCCCCGAGAUGGCAUUCGAUCUGCUCGUAAAGCCACAAAUCAAGCUUCUCGAGAUCCCGAGUCAGCGUUGUGUAGAAUUGGUCUACGAGGAGUUGAUCAAGAUUUGUCAUACCUGUGGUUCCACAGAGCUGACACGUUUCCCGCGGCUGCAAGCAAAGCUCAUUGAAGUGGUGUCUGAUCUCCUCCGGGAGCGGCUUGGCCCUGCAUCUAACUAUGUAGAGUCGCUUAUCUCUAUUCAACGAGCUUACAUCAACACGAACCAUCCCAACUUCCUCGGUGCGGCUGCAGCAAUGAGUCACGUGGUCAACAACAAACAAGAAAAGGAGAGGAAACGGUUGAUCCAGGAGGAGCGCGAGAGGCGCGAGAAACGCAAGAUGAAAGAGUUGGGUGCUGCUAAUGGUACCGAGACCCCCGCCGAAGAGAACGAUGAUGCUGCGACUGAGAAGGGAGACCUCACAAACCGAAAACUUCCCAAGGGAGCGCGCAGUCUGUCGCCAGUCAUGCGUGAGAACGGCACAGGUAGCAUUGCCGCCAGCUUGAAUGGCGCAAGGUCCGAUUCGCCGUCAAGAUUCCAACAACAAGCGGGUGGACAGAAGGAUUCAUUCUUGACAUACUUCUUCGGCCAGAACGGCCCUUCGCAACCGGGAGGCCCUGGAACUCCUUCGGCAUUGCCUCGUCAUGUUAGCCAGUCAGCUGAGCCAACGUUCAGCGGAAGCAUCCGAUCGCGCGAGGACAAAAUCGCUCAUCGGCCCGCCUUGUCCUCUUCCUUGAUUUCACCGCCAGAGGAAAGCCCGAGAACGACCGAAUUCGGGUUUGGUUCAUUUGGCCAGAGCACCGAGCCAGCCCUGACGGACCGCGAGGCCAUGGAGACGGAGCUGAUCCGCGCACUCAUCUCAUCCUACUUCAACAUUGUGCGCGAAUCGAUUGCGGACCAAGUGCCCAAAGCCGUCAUGCACCUCCUGGUCAACCACAGCAAGGAUGUGGUGCAGAACCGGCUCGUCAGCGAGCUCUACAAAGAGGGCCUGUUCGAGGAGCUGCUGUACGAAGACGACGGCGUCAAGAAGGAACGCGAGAAGUGCGAGAAGCUGCUCUCUACGUACCGCGAGGCGGCCAAGAUCAUCGGCGAGGUGUUAUAAAUAGAGUAUACCUACCUAGUCACGUCGCUACUCUCUCGGAAAAUCUUUGUACUAGAAAGUUGUGGGAUCGAUUGGUGUUGGGCUGGGAACGACGCUCAACGGGCCCAACUCCUUUUUCAUGUUUGGGGUUUGUUUGAGUAUGUACAAGUAGACGGAGGUGGAUGGGGGAAGAGGAUGCGCUGUCGUCGCUACUUACUCCCUACAUUAGUCGAGGCUUGACAGCGAUGUGGACGGACAUACAUGUACAUACGAGCGGAGCCCAUACUACUCAUCAUCAUCACUAUCUGGUAUAUGAAAAGUAUCUUUCCUUUAAGAUCAAAUGAUUACACGUUUCAAGUCUUGCA